UGGUUGCGAUACGCGAUGUUGGGGAACGAGACCGAGCGUCGGUGGGUGUUCGAGACUCUGGACGCGAUGCGAGAGAUCGGCGCGGACGUCGCGCGAACGUGGGCGUUUUUGGACGGCGACGAAUCUUCGUACGACGGACGAUCGACGCAACCGCGGCGGGGGGAGUUUAACGAGCGCGCGUUCGUGGGGCUUGAUGAAGUUUUAUACGAGUGCGAGAGGCGACGGAUUCGCGUCAUCUUGACGCUGACGAAUUAUUGGGACGAUUACGGCGGCAUCGCGCGAUACGCGCGAUGGGCGAGAGAAGAGGGCGAAACGAGCGCGUAUCGACGCGAAGACUUUUUCACCUCGCCAAAGUGUCGAGACGCGUUCGAGGCGUUCGUGGCGAAAGUCGUGACGCGAACGAACACGUUCACGAACGUCGCGUAUAAGGAUGAUCCGACGAUCUUCGCGUACCAGCUGAUAAACGAACCGCGCUUGCCCGGAGACGAUCGCGGCGACGUCUUUCACGAGUGGGCGACGUACUUCGGCGCUUUGGUGAAAAGACUCGACGAGGGAAAUCAUCUCGUCAGCGUCGGUACCGAAGGUUUCUUCAUGCGUGGCGAAGGCGUCGAGGCGAACCCGUUCGCCGGCGCCGAACGUCAGGGCGUGGACGUCGAUCGAUUGCGCGAGAGCGACGCCGUCGACUUUGUCGCCGCGCACGUUUGGACGGACGACUGGAUGGAUAGCGACGACGAGUCCAAGCUUCGUUUCCUCGAGCGAUGGAUUCGAGCGCACUUGGCGAAGUCUGCGAACGAUAAGCCCAUCGUGUUCGAAGAGUUUGGAAAGAAGCGACCGCUCGCGGUUCGAGACGCGUACUUUGCGCGCACCUUCGAGCUCUUGCGCGAGGACGAUCGCCGACGCGCGGGGGCUUUGUUCUGGUUACUUUCUCCGGCUGAAAUCGAAGACUACGACGGAUUCACCGUG